UUACGUUUGGCGACGAUUCCCCGACGACGACCGUCGUUCAUCUCUGUAUUUUUUUACAAAUCCGUAGAUUUUAAAGUCUGUAGGCUCUGGCAUUGCUAAAAUAAUGGUCGUUGAGGAGCCAAAUAGUGGAGAAAAUGUGGAGAAAAGUGACAGCGGCACAGCCGUGGCGGAGCCUGUGAAAAUCUUCACCGUUGAAAUCCUGCAUAUGAUCAAGGAUGCACAGCAGCAACAUGGUCUGCGCCAUGGUGACUUCCAGCGUUAUCGUGGCUACUGCACACGCCGCAUUCGUCGUCUGCGCAAGGCAUUAAAGUAUCCCCAGGGCGACAAGCGUCACUUUAAGCGUCGCGAUGUAACCCUGGCUCAUCUCACGGGCAAGAAGGCGGACGAGCGUUUCAUUCACAUACCGCUGAUCAGUGCUGAACGCGCUUGGGCCUACGCCAUGCAGCUGAAGCAGGAGGCAAACACGGAGCUGAGGAAGCGUUUUCACCUGAUUAACAAGCUGCGUCGCGCUUGUUUCUAUGCUCUGCAGCUGCAGGAGCUGUGCAAUACGGAUGCAUUUGAUGCACGCACCAAACUGGAGUGCGAGGCAUAUGUGGCCUGGAUGCAUGGCACUCUGCACUUUGAACUGCAGCUGUGGGACUCGGCCGGUGAGCAUUUAAAACGCGCCCAGGUGGUGUAUGAGAAUUUGGCCAAGGCGCUGCCCGAGGACGAUCAGGAAUUGUAUCGCGCCAAGGUGAACGAGUUCACGCCCAAUUUGCGCUACUGCGCCUACAACAUUAGCGGUGGUGCCAGUGGCGGCAAGAUCGAUGAAAUUCUCGAAUUGCGCGCCCAGGGUGUGCUGGAGAACUUGGAUGUGCUGGUGAGCCAAACGAAGACGGAGAGUAGCGAGGGUCUGCAGACGAUCGACUGGCGUGGCCGCAAGGUCACUGUGCGGCCGGAGAAGGUGCGUCUAUUCCUGCUCAGCACACAGGAGCUGGACAAAUCGCUGGCCAAGACAGCCAAACUGGAUGCCAAGAUUGAGCUGAUCGAGCGCAUACUUAUGGAUUGCAAGGAUGCCAUCCAGGCAGUCAAGGACGAGAUCAAACAGGAUCCCAAGCUACGCUCUCUAACAACAGGGCAGACUGUGUCCGGCGUGCAAUAUUUGCUGGCAUAUUUGAGCUACAUUCGACAUAGCCGAACGCUGCAGCGCAAUCUGUCUUUGGUUGAUCAGGCCAAGUUGAACUUUGAUGAUCCCAAUCAACAGCAAUCCCAAUCGACGCAAGCUCAAGGCGAUGGUAAGCGUGUACGCCCUCAGGAUCUGGCGCGUCUAUACGAGAUUAUCCUUCAGAAUGUGACGGAAAUGCAGCAAAUCACUGGCAUGGAGGAAGAUGCUCAGUAUCAGAGCGAGGUGGCCAAUCUGGCGCACACAUUCAAGGCCUUCCGCUGCUAUUACAUAGCCCUGACGCUUAUAGACAUGAAGAAAUGGAAGGAGGCGGUGGCGCUGUACGAGCGUGCAUCCAAUUAUGCCAAUGAGUCGUUCAAGGGCAAACCAUGUGCCGAAUUCCAGUUGCAAUCGGAACUGAAGAAAAUGGUAUCCAGCAUCGAUGGCAGCAAGUUCUCGGCACAUGCCUACAGCGUGCUGGAGGAUGACAACAGCGAGGAUGCCAGUGGGGUCUCGACUAAAUCGCAGAAAACAACGAAGCCGCUUUACGAGCGCCUCUCACAAUACAAAGAGGAUCAAUCGCUGCACACCCGGGCACCCAAUGUGUACAAGCUAACGCCCGACAUGGAGCCAAUACCCUGCAAGCCGUUGUUCUUCGAUCUGGCCAUGAACUACGUGGAGUUACCUUCGCUGGAGGAUAAACUUGAGUCGCCCGGCAAGAAGGGUGCAUCCAUUACAGGCUUUGUCAAGGGUUUUCUUGGCUGGGGCGGUGGUGGCAACAAGUGAGAAUGAUCAAACCUACGAGCCUCCCUUUCUUAUGAAAUUCCAUGUUGAUGUUGCUUUUAUAAAAAAUGAAAAAACGUUCAACACUUUGGAACGUUUAUUAUUUGUUUUUGCUUUUAGACUCCGGCUUUUGUUAGUAUAAAGUAUAAUUACCAACAACCAAACAACAAAACACUACAAACAUUUAACCACAAAAUUCAGUUUAAGUUACAAUAGUGAGGAAUUAUUGGUAAUAAAGUAAGCUACAAGUGCUGCAA